UCCACAAAGGGUCGAUCAUAUAAAUUUUUCUUUAGGGCGAAAAAUUGAUUUCAGCUGUUUAGAUGUAUAAAAAAAUGAUAGUAUACGUUCCGGAAUUAAAUUUCUCGCGAAUUGUCGCGACAUUGAUUCUGUGGACGCGAUGCGCGCAGAUUUGCACAGGAGUCGAGGCCAAAAUCGAGCUCAAUGUGGAAGGAAGCGGAUUUCAUAGAACAUUUAUUUAUCGCGCAUAUUUUAAGGAUCUUACCAGUGACAACUGUCAAGCUGCCAUUUACAUGGAAUUACCAUCGGCAUUAUAUGUCAAUGUCGAUGAAAUAGCAGAAUUGAGAAGAAGGGGCACGAGUACAAUCUGUUCCAUAGGGGAGACUGAUGCCGAGCUAUUUGCCGAGAAGGCUAGUAAACAAAAUGUGACAGUUUGCACAUCCGUAAGUUUGUCAUCAUCUACUUUGGUGAUUCCACUUCAUCAGCGUUAUCGAUAUGCCCAUGAGACUGGUGGCUAUGUCGAUGUGAUGGUGCCUGAGCCGAAGCUAUUGCUAGGAUGCCGGGAGAGAAUCAGAGAUCAUAGAGUAUCCAAAAUGGAUCUAUGCGAGCCGUGUGUCAAUUUGGCAACCAAGUGGCGUGAAAUUCCUUAUCGCAUGUUGAAUAAUCGUGCGUAUGUGUGGCCGAUACCAGUCGGAGAUUCAUCUCUCUCAAGCCUUCAUUGACUUUCGCUUAUUGAGAAUGGCACUGAAACUAAUGUCCACGAUGUCCGUGAUAAUCCACCGAUCAGAGUCUCGAAUUGACCCGAGGUUUGGCAUAUUAAUCAUUCUAUCAUCUAACAUACGCAUUGAACAAUUAAUUAAUAUUCCUCAUACACCGUGUGUGAUUUUUACAAUCGAAACACGCGCAUUACUCGUUCGAAUUCUAAGGUCCAAGGUUUUUUUCGAAAUCUCGCAAAAAUAUAGCGGAAGACCAGGGCUUAAAUUCUAUUCGAGAUUAUAAGA